UCUCAAAAAUAUUUCAUUCUCUUCUUUUUGUCUUCUACAGAGUGUGCCAUGGGAAGAAGGUAUUUUGCAGAUAACCUAUUUGAUUAAAUUCACCAAAGAGUGUGGCACCAAAAAUGUCCAUUUUUGAGAAAUGGGUCUGCUUUGAUUUCUCUUAGCAAGUGAAAAAACUAGCCUUAAAGAAUGGCAACAAUGGCUUUGGGUAAUGUUUGUUCACUAAAAAUCAAGAAUUGUGAGCUCUUUGGGAUUUGUAUAAAUCACUCAUAUACCACUCAUUCUAUCCAAAUUAAAAGCUUAAACAUGAAGCCAUUGGUAAUUCAAGCUACAGCUAAAGCUAAUUCUCGGACUGAGAGUGCUAAACUUCGAAAUAGGCGAAUUCGAAAGAAGUUUAAUGGCACACCUGAAAAACCAAGACUCUCAGUCUUUUGCUCAGGCAAACAGUUGUAUGCUACACUGAUAGAUGACCAGAACAAGAAGUGCUUGUUUUACGGAAGCACUUUACAAAAAUCAAUACGCGGUGAUCCACCUUGCAGCACCAUAGAAGCAGCGGAACGUGUUGGUGAGAAACUAGUGCAGGCUUGUGUUGACCUCAACAUCGAUGAAAUUUCAUGUUAUGAUCGAAAUGGUUUUGCUCGAGGAGACAGAAUGCAAGCCUUUGAGAUUGCCAUUUCUCGACAUGGUUUCAUGUUCAAAUAGUUCAUCCUUCUUUUCUAUGUGCAUUUUGUAUAGCCUUUUAAGACUCUGAAGCUCUUACCUUUUACAAAACUGUUGCGAAAUAAUUCAGAAUUUAGACGUUGUGUGUUUUGAAAUACCUGAGUGGAUUAUGAUGUAUAUCUAACUUCUAUCUAAACUUGGUAUUUGGCACAUGUUAUAUACAUUUCAAUCUCAAAAAGUUUGGAUUCUAUA